AGCUGCGGACGCGCCGGGAGAUGCCUUGCUCUCUGACCUGGAGACCACCACCUCACACAUGCCACGGUCAGGGGUUCCAAAAGAGCGACCCCCAGAGCCCCUCGCGUCCCCCCUGCCCUAUGGCCACCAGCCACAGAUGGGGACUGGGGAGUCUUCUGGAGCCUCUGGGGACAAGGACCAUCUAUACAGUACCGUAUGCAAGCCUCAGUCCCCAAAGCCUGCGGCCCCUGCGGCUCCUCCAUUCUCCUCUUCCAGCGGUGUCCUGGGCACGGGACUGUGUGAGCUAGACCGGUUGCUUCAGGAACUUAAUGCUACUCAGUUCAACAUCACAGACGAAAUAAUGUCUCAGUUCCCAUCCAGCAAGGAGCCCGCCGGGGAGCAGGAGGACCAGCCUGAGGACAAGAAAAGGCCCAGCCUACCUCCCAGCCCAGCCCCUGUUCUCCCAAAGCCGUCGGCCACCUCGGCCACCCUGGAGCUGGACAGACUGAUGGCCUCACUGUCCGACUUCCGAGUCCAGAACCAUCUUCCAGCUCCUGGGCCAACCCAGACACCGGUGCCAAGCUCCGUGAACGAGGGCUCCCCACCCCCACCGGGGCCUGCGAGCAAGGGCAGCCUAGACACCAUGCUGGGGCUGCUGCAGUCCGACCUCAGCCGCCGUGGCAUUCCCACCCAGGCCAAGGGCCUCUGUGGCUCCUGCAACAAACCCAUCGCUGGCCAAGUGGUGACGGCGCUGGGGCGUGCCUGGCACCCUGAGCACUUCGUUUGUAGUGGCUGUUCCACCGCCCUGGGAGGCAGCAGCUUUUUCGAAAAGGAUGGAGCCCCCUUCUGCCCCGAGUGCUACUUCGAGCGCUUCUCCCCACGAUGCGGCCUCUGCAAUCAACCCAUCCGACAUAAGAUGGUCACUGCCCUGGGCACCCACUGGCACCCAGAGCAUUUCUGCUGCGUCAGCUGCGGGGAGCCCUUCGGAGAGGAGGGUGAGCGUGCCUCCCACCUGGAAGCCAUGGGUCUGCUGGACAUCCCGCCUCGCAGCCUUGCCAGCCACUAAGUCCUCCUUAGUCCUUGGGCCAUGAGUUUUUCCUGCUCUCGUCGGGUCCCCACCCCAUC